GCGGGAAAUCCAUUUGUGGGGGAGUAGAGAAGCGAAGUAACAUUUCUUCAAAAGCAAGGAGUUCAGAUGCCCGGCGGGGACCCCUGCUGUGUAUUAUGCCAUAUGGGCGAAGAACAUGGACAAGUGUCCGAAGGACUUUGUUGCCUCAAUUGAGGAGUUGAAGAGGCUCCCUCCUGGCGCUCCGGCAUUCCAGUGGCCGGCACUUUUAUUCCCAGAGGACUCAGAGCCUCGCUGGUCGCUUGCUAGUGAGGCAGGGCCGUCUCGCGGUGCAGUUGGUGCACCGGUUUUGGCACCUGUGGCGGGAGGACCGUCGGCCRGUGCAGUCCCACCGCCGGUACUUGGAGGGACCUCGGUGCCGUCGGCAGAGGCAACGAGACCGCCACCCGCGUCGCUCGAGGGCCACCGUGUCUCUCCGUCGGUUGGAUUGCAUCCUAUGUUCACGACUACCGCGGCCAGAGCAUCGGCUGCAGCAGGAGCUCCUCUUGCGGGUGACCGAGGCACAGCUGCGGCAGCCACGGCUCGGUGGUCUCCACCUCGACCUCCACGUUCAGCUCCAUCUUUGGCAGCGGCUGACUUGCGGGCGCCACAGCGCACAGGCGCGGUACCUACGUCGUGGUGGUCUCCUCCUUGUCCUCCGCGUUCAGCUGCCCCUCAGUCGCACCCACCACCGCACCAGGAAGUGCAGGGGACUGCGGCUCACACGCAUCCACCAUCGACUCAGGCGGCAGUGGGCGCGGGUCCGCCCCCACCAAUUCCACUAUCUGAUUCUUCGCCCACGCCUGCUGCCGAGACUGCCCCCACAUUCGCUGGUGUGGUCGCAGGGGAUUUGGAUCCUAUGGAGCGGUUACGCAACAUUCCACUUCCACAGGCCGCCACACCCGCGAGUCCAGCUGGUUUGUUUGACAUGAGUGCCUCUGAGAGGGGACCCGAGUAUCUUGCCACUGAUGUUAUGCGGGGGAGGAAGGACGCGCCAUCAUUGGCGAAGGCAUGGUUGCACAAGCUGAAGACCCUCGAUAUCCAGCUCAGCAAUAUCACAGCGUUUGUCACGGAUUCUGCGGGUGUGAACGUGUCCGCCAUGCAGAUAUUCGAGGAGGACGAAAGCGUCAAACAUAUUUUUUGGAUUCCGUGUGUGGCACAUGUUAUGGACCUCAUCUUGGAGGGCAUUGGGUCGAUUGGAUGGGCGGCAUCACGCAUUGCUCAGGCGCGACUCGUCACGAAGUUCUUCAAGCGCCACAGUCACGCACGCGAGGCUUUGGAGAAAAAGACGAAACUGAAGUUGUUGCUGCCCGCAGAGACUCGUUUCGGCACCAACGUCAUCAUGAUCAGGAGAUUGUUGGAUCUGCAGACCCAUCUCAUGCAGGUCGUUACCGAGGACCCAUGGCGCGACACUGUUUGGGCCACGCGGAAGGUCGGUCAGGAUGCCGCCGAGAUCACAGCAUGUGUGGGGUCUYCUCCAUGGUGGGAGGAUUUGAGGCGUUUGUGUAAUAUCAUGGACCCGRUCAUGGAGAUGCUGCASAUGCUGGACAGUGACACACGRCAGAUCAGCAAGGUCCURYGUCGGUAUGAGAUUAURAUCGCAUCYUGUCUUACCGCGUGCGACUCCCUCACCGCGAMAGAGCAGGAUGAGAUCCUUGAGGUUUUCGACAGGCGGCGCACCAUGUUCCGUACUCCAGUGCACAUAGCGGCCAUGAUGCUUGAUCCUGAGUUUCGGGAUGCCACCCUGCCGGACGACGAUGUGAUGCAGCAGGGGUUGAUUGCCGCUUUGGUUCAGUUUGGCUMCCCCGAGGGAUCUCCWCAGCACAUCGAGGUGCUCACYGCGAUCGACAAGUUCCAUGCCAGGGAGAGGCCUUUCGACAAUGCCACGAUGGAUAGAGCGAUGAGGAGCUAUGAGCACCCGUCCAGUUUUUGGGAGUCGAAGUCGCGCAGGUUUCCACACACUGCAUACUUUGCCAUGAGGAUCCUGCGCGUUUGGAUGACAGCGUCGCCCUGUGAGAGAGCUUGGUCCCGUUGGAGUUUCAUCCACUCGAAGACUCACAACAGGUUGGAGGUUGGAUGGGCUGAGAAGCUCGUGCGGUGCCAUUGGAACCUUCGUCUUCUCAACCAUCCAUCUCUGACCGAGGACGCUCCUCACGACAUACCCGAUCAAUUCGGGAAGUGGGUUCACUAUUGGCAGCAUUUGGAGGACGAGUCGCCCAAUGACCAGCAACUUGUUGCGGGGAGUGGAGCGAGAUUGGCAGCCACACAGGAGGAGAUGCGUGUGGCGAGGGAGUGGAUGCGCAGUGUUUCUCGCAUGGGCACCGAGCGCCGCCUUGUCCAAUCGGACAAGAGACGACGUGGACGUGUUCGGGGUCGUGGCGGGCGUGGUGGGCAUGGGGGGCGUUCUGGUCGUGGACGAGGUGGGCGUGGGGGACGCGGACGUGGAUCAGCGGGCGGGAUAUGUCCUCGUAGUGCGCAACCUUGGCUGCGUGAUGAGGCGAUGGUCAACCUUAUUCGUUUCCCUCGACAGCAUUGGGACGAGGGUGAUUUUUUGUAUCACAGCUCCAAUAGCGACAACGAGGAUUUCUUAUGUACCGCCAUGCCGCGAGGCGGAGACGACGACGGCAGGCCGGACGACGACCGUCCGGAUGAUGACGAUAGUGAUGAUGGAGCGGGCGACGGUGAUGGCGGAGGAUUAGACGUCGUCGACGGUGGAGGCGGCUCAGGCGGGCCACAGGCCGAGGAUACCGGAGCAGUGCUGGAGCGUACACGUGCGGAUGUGGCUAUGGACGCUGAGCAACAUGUAGUGGACGUUGUCGACGGCGGAGGCAGCAGGGAUGGACAGGCCAGUCCCCCGCAUGGCUCGAGACCUCACCUCGACUCCAUGAGUGAUGGGCCCGUCGAUGAGCGACACCCGUCACCUGUCGGCUCGGCGCGGGAGACAUAUCCGGUUGCCGACGGGGCACAGGAGGACGCACGUCGAGUUCAUGGCGCAGAGCAGGACGCACAUCCACUUCCACGCAGUCCAAUGCUCGGUGGUGGUAUGGACGCGGCUGACGUGUGCAUAGAGGUGAUGGAGGCGAUGGACUUAGGAUGUCCCCCUGCACCGAUGAUGGACGUACAUCAGCGCGCCGAAGCGGCGAGUGGAUUACCACGCACAGAUAUCUCAGGAGUGUCUACCAUGGAGGAUGGUGAGAUCACUCCAGCGGCGGGAGGCCUAGGAGACGGGAAUGGUGGGCCCGCCCGCGACGCAACAGACAGAGGGUUUGACGAGUUCGGUGGAGAUACGAUAUUGUCUGCCAUGGCCUCUGCAACCCCAUCCGUAUUUCGGGUGGGGAAACCCCAAGAGGUCGCUCUAGGCUUGGCCGGGACCACGACACGCCAUGGAGGUCUGCCACAUACGAGGGACGGGCGUAGCUCCGCACAACGUAGCCUCGCUGACUCUUUGGACGGAGCGUCUUCUGACAACGGCGCGCGAGAGGGUGAGGCAUUGGGUGGACUUGGAGGGGAUCCUUGUGUGGGAGCACCGUCGACGACCAAGGGUGGAGAGGGUCGAUCAGAGGCACCUCCGACCAGCGCGAGCCACGCAGAGCCUGGGAAGGACAUUACACCAGCUUCGUCGGCUGCCGGUCGCACUAGUGACGGACCUGCCACGCGCAUGGAUUCUGCACCACAUGCGGCCGGGAGGGGCGGGAGGGAGGAGCGACAGGGAGGAGCUUAUGCGGGGGGGUCUGGCCCACCUGUGCCAAGGUUGGCAGCAUCGUCUUUUUACGACCGGGGGAGAGCAGCACCAAUCGAUGGCGGAACCGCAGCAGGGAGGAGUGCAUGCGGCAUGCCAGAUGUGCCCUUUGGAACACGUUCCAUCGGCGUUGUUGGGAGUCGUAACCAUGGUGCGAUGCGUGAGUAUGAGGACCAGCAUGGCAGACGGCUGGCCACGAAGGCAUCAGAUGUUGCCUUCACCAAGGUGGUGAAGGCUAGUAUGUCGCGUGCAAAGAGUAAGGGCGGACACGAGAGGUUUUCACAACAUUCGAGUCGUCGUGGCACCACACCCAAGGAGUCUGUGCAUGAUCACACUCAGGACGAGGAGGUUGCUGCACCGCAUGGUGGUGUACCGGAGGAUGGACAGGCAGGUGAUGGAGGCCGUUCACGCAGAUUGUUACGCAUGCAUGACAGCUCCGGCAGCGCAACCACACCGAGGGGGCUGGUCGUGGAGAGAAGAGACGAGGUGCUUUCACCAUUGUACACGAUGACAGUUCUGACAUCCCGACCGGCGAGUCGACGGGGGCCGACGACCCAGGUGACUCCGCUUAUAGACCGGAUGGAUCUCGACCUGCACGCAUGGAGUAUGGAUCUCGACCUGCAAGCAUGGCGGAUGGAUCACGACCAGCACGCAUGGCGGAUGGAUCUGAUCCUGGAGGACGUCGACUCAGACGCAGGGAAGCACUCGAUGCACAGGGACAUUUGACUCCUUCGACUCUGAGACCAUUCAUCCCCCGGCCCCGGGUUGACAGGGGCGAACAGACUCGUACAGUCCUACUGGCAAUAGAGGCU